AUGAUGUCUGGACGCGGCAAACAAGGAGGCAAAGUGCGGGCUAAGGCCAAGACCCGCUCAUCCCGGGCAGGGCUCCAGUUCCCGAUCCUGGAGCUGGCCGGCAAUGCCGCCCGCGACAACAAGAAGACCCGCAUCAUCCCCCGUCACCUGCAGCUGGCCGUGCGCAACGACGAGGAGCUCAACAAGCUGCUGGGCGGAGUCACCAUCGCCCAGGGCGGCGUCCUGCCCAACAUCCAGGCCGUGCUGCUGCCCAAGAAGACCGAGAGCAGCAAGCCGGCCAAGAGCAAGUGAGCCCGGCUCUGCCCCGCCCCAAACCAAAGGCUCUUCUAAGAGCCGCCCACAUGGUCUGUACGACUGAGCUGGCGAUGCCGCUGAUCUCCGCUGUGGAGGCGUCACACAGGGGCACUUACCGCUCCUGA